GUAUGACCAGUGAGAAACAGUGUCCUUGUGGCUCUAUGGAACACACCUGUCUUCUACUCUAAACUCCCUUUCGCUUUUCAAAGUGAUACUUUUCCCCUCCCCAACACAACACUCUUCUCUCUGCGCCUUCACUUCCCAGAGAGGGAGAACACUCCUCACAAAAACCCUAAACUGCUUCCUCUUCCUACACUCCGACAUCCUAGAAUCACUUUCCCACAUUGUACCCUGUUGCCCGAAAACUUAAACCUCUUUCUAUUUUCAGAAUGCCAAACCCAAAGCACCUUCUGCAGGGUACACUGUUCCUCUUGUUAGUUCUUCAGGUCGCGUGCAAAUCCACCAUCGAGCCAUGCUCCAACUCCGACUCAUGCAACGCGCUUCUGGGAUACACCCUUUACACUGACCUCAAAGUCUCCGAAGUGGCCUCGCUUUUCCAAAUCGACCCCAUCGCGCUUCUCACAGCGAAUGCCAUCGACAUCUCCUACCCCGACGUCGAGCACCACAUCCUCCCUUCUAAGCUCUUCCUCAAGAUCCCCAUCUCCUGCUCCUGCGUCGACGGCAUUCGCAAGUCCGUCGCCACCAACUACAAGACGCGCCCCUCCGACUCUCUACCCUCUAUCGCCGACUCCGUCUACGGCGGCCUCGUCUCCUCCGACCAGCUGCGCGAGGCCAAUUCCAUUCCCGACCCCUCCGUCCUCGAUGUGGGACAGAACCUCGUCGUGCCUCUCCCCUGCACCUGCUUUAACGGCUCCGACAACUCUCUCCCCGCCAUUUACCUCUCUUACGUCGUUCGACCCGUUGAUUCACUCGCUGCCAUUGCUGCCAGGUACUUCACCACGCUUACAGAUUUGAUGAAUGUCAAUGCCAUGGGAAGCACUGCCAUUAACGACGGAGAUAUCCUUGCUGUUCCAAUACCCGCCUGUGCUUCGAAUUUUCCUAAAUCCGCCUCUGAUUUUGGCUUGCUUGUCCCUAAUGGGAGCUACGCCAUUACCGCGGGGCACUGUGUUCAGUGUAGCUGUGGACCAACAAACUUGAAUCUGUACUGUAUGCCGGCUUCUCUAGCUGUUUCUUGCUCCAGCAUGCAAUGUAAAGGCAGCAACCUUAUGCUUGGGAAUGUUACAGUGCAGCAGACUAGUGGUGGUUGCAAUGUUACUUCUUGCAAUUAUGAUGGCAUUGUCAAUGGCACCAUAGCAACAAUGUUGUCCCCUUCUCUUCAGCCUCGAUGUCCAGGUCCACAGGAAUUUCCUCCUCUUGUUGCCCCACCUACCACCGUUGCAAAAGACACGGUGUUUGGACCAGCACCAGCACCACUAUUCGAUGGAGCAGGUCCUAUGUCGCCUAUAUCCUCAGUGGUUCCUUCAACGGGCCUUCCAGGAUUCUCUCCUGCAAAUGGUCCUAUUAGCGGCAUUUCUUCUGGUGCUUCUGCUGCAUGCUCCUUGGUGAAACCAUUACCCACAUUGACGUAUGCACUUGUGUUAUUGCUUGUCAAGUUCAUGAUACCCGUGGCAUUGUAAUCUCAUCAAUUUUGUGGUGGGUUUAGUUUGCCUGCCACUUUCAUUGUCACGGGUGCUCAUUGUAGUUGCUGAUAUUCUUCUGUACUCUUGUACUCAUUCGUGAAUCUGGAAAACUAUGGAAUUUCGGGUUUCAUCA